AACUUUCAAAAAUGAAUGUGGUAGCGCUGCUUUAGGAAAAAUUUAGGGAAAUAAAUUGAACGAAAUCUCGUGUCCUCGUGUUAUACUCGUGUUAUAUUGAUACAUAACAAUAUUGUGCGUUUUUAAAUAUUUAUGUAUUCUUUUCCUAAAAGAAAAAGUGAUACUAUAAAUGACGUAAAUUUCUCUUAAUUAAUGAAUUAAGGAGGAGAGAAGUUUGAAGCUAUUUUAAUAUACAAUAUAUUUAUAAAUUAAAAAAUUGAGAGAUUGUGCUAAUGUUGUGUAAGACAAAAUAUUGCUUCUUAAAUAAUUCUACAAUUCGUUGGUUGAAGAAUCAAUUAGGAAACACUUGUCAUAGAACUAUGUCAAUCACAAUGGAUUCCAUAACUCAGCCUGAUAUAAAUACCAAGCGUGGAGAGAAAAGAUCUAUAUUAGACGAUGGCAAUGAGACUGAAGUCAAAAUACAAAAGACAGAAACAGAGACAGUGCAAAGGAUAAAGAGAAAAAAUUAUGCUGUGUUAUUAGGAUAUCUUGGUAAAGAUUAUUAUGGCAUGCAAAGAAAUCCUGAUAUGAAAACUAUUGAGGAAGAUUUGAUUACUGCCUUAUUAAAGGCAGAUUUAAUAACUACAGAACAUUUUAAUAGUAUAAGUUCAAUCAGUUUUCAAAGAGCUGCACGUACAGACAAAGGAGUAUCAGCAAUUAGGCAAAUUGUUUCACUGAAACUACCGGAGAAGUUUGACAAAACAGUAAUAAAUAAAUUUUUACCUGAUGUAAUCACAGUAUUUGGUAUAAAACGAGACAAAGGUUUUAAUAGCAAAAGACAGUGUGAUGCACGUACCUAUAGAUACAUCAUUCCUACUUUUGCAUUUGCAUUGGAGGAUCCAACGCUAUUAAAAGUUGGAGAAAAAGUUAAUGAAGAUGAGAGAAUCGAACAGUUGUCAACUAUUGCUGGACAGCCAUAUAUUGAUUAUAGAUUAUCUCCAGAAUCUUUAAAUAGAUUAAACUCAAUUUUGAAGCUUAUGGAAGGCACACAUAAUUUUCAUAAUUUUACAUCCAAAGUAAAACCACUAGAUCCACGAGCACAACGUUACGUACUGAAAUUCCAUUGUGCAGAAACAUUUAUUUCGGAUGGUAUGGAAUUUGCGAUAUUGGAAAUUAAAGGACAAAGUUUCAUGUUACAUCAAAUUCGAAAAAUGGUCGCAGUUGCAGUAGCGGUUGCAAGAAAUAUUGCAUCCGAGGAAGUUAUUAACGAAGCAUUUAAGACAAUGGAUAAACUGAAGAUACCAAUUGCACCGCUAGGAUUAUGUCUAUGUUAUGUACAUUAUGAUAAUUAUAAUAAGAGAUAUGGUACAGAUGGUAUUCAUGAAACAUUGGACUGGAAAGAGUGUGAUGAAGAAGUAGAAAAGUUUCAGAAGGAAUAUAUUUUGAAACAUAUGGUGAAUACCGAGAUUUCAGAACAAACGACAUUAAAAUGGAUAGCAAUCUUUCUUCCUAUUCAUUUAGUAAGAAAGAAGAGGAUUUGUGGAAGAUAA